UUUGUCCUGUGAACUUCGUCGCGCUGAAAGGUCCUGCGGAACCUACACAGUCUCCUCUUUCGGUGUGAGUGCUACGUGUUUCGUGCGCGCGAGUGUGUGUGUCCGUGUGAGGGCGCCAAGUUUUUGGCUUUAACUUUAACCGCCCAGUAAACAAGGACAACAACCGCUCAGAGCAGAGCCACAGACACAAGAAGGGAAAGGACAAAAUACACAGGACAACAGAGCCUGCGGCCGGGGAAACCGCAAUCAAAAAUUGUAAACAAACUCUGGGAAUUGAGGGGAAUCAACAAAGGAGGACGACGCCGCCAAGUAGGCAACAAUUGCGCUGCUAGCCAACAUGGAAAUGGACGUUAAUCGCCCGACCGGCCGUCAUGGCAACCUAAUGACCAUAUCCGCCCGCUGCUCGAACAACAAUGCAGAUGGGCCGCUGGCCGGAAGCGAGGCGACUUCCGGCUUGGGGCCGCCGCCACCCAGCGGCUGCUGCGGCAUCUUGAGCCGCCUCCUGUGUGUGAGCCGCCACAAGGCCACCCAGUCGGUGGCGGGCAGCGAUCCCAUCUCCUCCCAGCUGCAGCUGCAGCGGAAGGCGGGCGCAGCCGGUGCAGCAACAACAGCUGCGAUUUCCGGACUGCGACGCCGCAGGACGCCGCAGGAAGUCUACUUCGAGAGUCGCGGCAAGUCCUGCAAGAAGCUAUUGAAAUUCAAUGGUAAUUCGAACAAGAUAUUGCUGUAUCCCGAGGAGGGAUGGGCGCGCACCGCCUCGUCCAGUUACUGGACCAUCACGCCCUGCUUCUGGCAGCCCAAUCGCUGUCGCAUCGUCGAGUGCUCCGGAACCCAGCGGCGCGCGACGAAGGCCCGGAUGAUGCCGCUGGAGCAGCAGGGGUCUCUCCUGAUUGCCGGACACUUUCGCCGGACAACGGCGGUGGGCGGAGGAGCGGGCUCACCGGCGGGGGGCGGGGCCGUGGGCUCCGGCUCGUUGGCUGCCACGCCCACUCCUGCCACACCCGCUAGUUCGGUUCGGUCAACGGGCUGUGACAAGUCGCUGCCGGCGUGGAAUGACGAGUUCAAGCUGUAUCUGACGUCGAACAUCUCGAUGGAGGACUACAACAUGGGUUACUGCCUCACCGGAUUCGUGGAGCGCCGCUGCCAGGUGACCAACACCUUCCAGAUGACUCACUUUGCGGUCAUCAAGCGCCAGUGGCCACCGUCGCCGUCCAACCUGGGCAACUCCUAAGGCCCCCAAAUCCCACAUCAGUAAUUGUGAUCCGAUCUUUUGUUUCGAAUUGGAAACGAAAUUAAAAUCAAUUGGGGAAUGUUGCUGUUUUUACUUUCAAUGAGUUGAAAGGAAUUCUGAAAUGUAUAAAUAUUUUAAAUACUAAUUUACGAUGGAAACACUUUUGUUUUUAAGUUUAUUGCAUACUUUUAGGCACCUACGAGCAUGGAUUUUAAAGUGUACUACAAUGAAUUUCGGAUUCUUUAAAACUAAAUUCUUUUAAAUUAAAUUACCUCAAAUAGACUUAAUUUUAAAAUUACCUUCCAAAACGAAAAGCACGCAAAAGUCUUAAAGUUACACUCUUAUUGUUUUAGAAAAAGAGUUGCCUCAAUAUAGUUGAAUGUGGAAGCAGACACAUGCCCAAAAUAUACCAUUUAAGUUUCUAGCACUUAAGUAGAGUGAAAUGUUGUUGUGCAAUCUCGAAUAAAAAUCAAAAGAAAUUUCGAAAAAUCUAUUUAGAAAAUGUAAUGUAAAUUGCGGAGGCCUCAAAAACCGAUAGCCAGUAGAUCAUAAAGCGUAGGAAAAUAAUGACAGAAGAGUAUUUAAAGAAGUACUGCAUUUGAGCGUAAUUUUACUAAAUUCCCUGCAUGUUUAGUGGGUAAAUUGUAAUUUUAGCUAAAUGUGCUAGAGAAAUACAAACUAGAAAACCAAAGCAAAUACAAAAACAAAAACUUUACGUGUGCUUUCAGUGUUGUGUAAUAUGAAAAACGGAAACAAACCGGAAAAAAUAAGUGAAAAAACAAAUACUAGUAACUGUUAAACGCUAAAUGGAACUAAACCGCUUUGCCAGCUCGCACACACACGCACAGUGGCGCAGGCACCCACUCGCACACUCGCACACUUAAGCCUGGGCAGCUACUUAAUGCUUCAAAAAAGUGCAACAAAUUGAAACUUGUGCUUGUCGAAGCAUGUGAUUGUGAGUGCUCCACUAUAAGCUGACAUAGUAUGUGUGAGAGCCAGUGCCAGUGUGCGUGUGCGAGCUGGUACUCUUUUCUACUACAUACAAAUAUGUACUUUAACGGCCAUGUUUGCAAAACCUAUUGCCUUUAAGCUUUAAAGUAUAAGCACAACUCAACGCAGGCAAACAAGUCAACAGCCUCGGGCGAUGGCCACUGGCACUAAACAGCAGUUUGAUGACAAGCUAACAUUAAAGUUAAUUAUUUAACGAGCUGUUUACCUAAACAAGUUUACGUUCUCAAGUUAAAUGUUUACAAACGCGUUUCUCUAUUUAAAGCAGUAUUACCUAUUAUUCAGAAUGUUGCAUGGUCACACUGCGCGUCAAAUAAGCUUCUCUUAGUGGUCUGGUCUCACUGCGUUUCUAUUUUUCAUCCAUAAAGCACGUUUAAGUUCGAAAAUAAAAUGAAGAAACUGCUAGUUAGUGUCACUAGCCAUCGAUCUGAGUAGUCCAACGUUUGCCAACUCUACGCUAAUCUAAGGAACUAAGCCCCUAAAUCUCUCUAUCUCUCACUAACUCGCCCACUGACCCACUCAUGCUACGGCUCUGUCCCCCUCAUUCACUCACUCUGAGCAUGAUACGCAACGUAUAUCAACAAUUCGUCCAAUAAUUGGAGACUCUCGGCGCCAAAUGUCGAAUUGGCAAGGCCAGAGCUCCAAUUGCCAAAAACCCUAAGUGUUAAAAAACAAUGAAAACAAAACGUAAAGAAAACCAAAGCUAAGUCAAAACUCAACGUAGCCUAAGUGAUAAGUAGUUUAAAAAUCAAUAUUUACAAGCUAGACUAUGAAUCUAUAUAUAUUAUAUAUAUCUAUAUAUUUGUGUGUAGGCUGAACAUUUUUGCGUAUGUAUCGGUGUAUUUAUAUAACUGUAUUGCGAUUACAUAUACAAUAACAUUUUUGCUGUAGUUCGCAUAGCUCGCUUUUAGGCGCUUUUACACGCAAGCGAAUAAGGCCGAAAACCUCUUACUCUCUAAUUUGCUUCAGACAGAUCUCCCUGCCACUUUACUCCUAAACUAAUUGAUAUUUAAGUAUCAGGUACCUGCCAGAAUCAACAACAACAACAACAACCAAAUAAGCAAAAAAAAUAUGAAUAUACAUAAAUAUUUAUUGAGCCAUUAUGUCUGUGCAAAUAUUUGUGUCCAUUUUAAUUAGAAAGAAAAAAUGAAAAAAUGAGAAAAAGCGAAUUAUUUUUUAGAAAACACUGGUAAAUCGAAUUAUUCUGCCCACGAACACACGCAAUCGAUGUCGUCUCUCUCGAAUUGUAUAAAUAUAUUUAUUAGUGUCUCUGUGUGUAGCAAGUUUUUCUGCGCCUAUGCUUAAAAAACAGACAACAGACACGAGUUGUUCAGCUUCAAGCUGAAUGUCCAACACUUGAAAAAAACCGAACAAAAACACGCAUGAGCUUUUUUGUAGUUCUAUUUAAACAUUUUUAAAUAGCAAAACAAGUCAAAAAGAAAAUCCCGUGCUUCGUUGGGGCAUUGGGAAUUAAUUAAUGUUAAGCUUCUAUCGAAAUAAGCGAUGUAAACGAGCAUAAUUAGUCUAAACCAGAGAUAAGGAAAAUUGGUAGAAAAAGCGGCAAGCAAAAAGUAUAAAUCAAAUCAGAUGGAAAAGCAAAUUAAAAUAUAAAUCGAAAUCAAACACGUUGAUGCUAAUGCAACUGUAUAAAUCAAAAGGGAAAAAAGCGUCAGCAAAUAAAAUUUGAGCCGGCAGUGGAAAUGUGUAAUGAAAAUAAAUACCCCGAAGGUCGGUUGCAAUGGAAAAUGAGAAAUCAAAACAUUGAGAAUAAAGAAAGAAAGCAGA